AUGUUCAGUCGUUAUACGCCAAAUGCAAAGCUGCUUCCCUGUCCGGAGUUUCUGGGCAAGGAGGGCGGGAAUCAACAAGAAGACUCCGAGCACCUCACUAUAAUGGCUAGCAACAGGUUCUUCACACCCGCAAAGCAAUCAACCGGUCUCGAGGUCGUUGACAUCAAUGCCGAGAUCGAUCCCCGUGGGAUCCUCUCAAAGGUGGACCACACCAAAUUCCUGCACACCGAGGACAACACCGUCGAGUAUUAUAUCAUAGCCAACGAAGAAAAUGGGACAAGGCAAGCACUCAUAUGCAUUGACGACCUGAAGCCUAACGCCCCCCAGAUCGGAGACAUAGUUGAAAUUCAAGCAUCGAUGACGUGUAUCCCGAACAAGGGAAAUUUUACGGUGAAGUUGCUCCUACGGAGCAUCAUGUUGCUAGACGGCGAACUAACUACGGACGCCACCACUGCGAGGACAUUGGCUCCCGCCCCCACCAUCGUACCAGCGGUAAAACGUUUGAAAAGAUGUAACCCAUACGCCGGAAGCUCUGGUACAGGUAAAGUUGGGUUACAGCCUUACGCAAGAAUUGAUGCCCAGUCCGAGGGGACAAAUGAGGGAAGGGGGGGACACGCCGAUGGCUUUCAGGAAGGACAGAGCGGUGCAUUGGGGGACACAUUCAUGGACGAACAAGCAUGA